UCUCAUAAAACCGAAUUUUUGAUUCAGGAGACUCAACAUAUUCGUAUUAUGAAUUCGCUUGUACAAUUGUCUGGUAAACGACAUCUGGUUGGGCCCCUGUCUACAAACAAGUCACAUAAUCAUAUGGUUGACAAGGUAUCUACUGAGUGUGUAGGAAAUGUUUCUGACCCUGAAGAAGCUGUUUCUGCUGUAUCUGGACUUUCUUCGUCUACCUCGACGAAGGCUAAUAUUUCCGAAACGUCAGCUAAGACGAGCACAACCGAAAUGUCGGUAGGAAAAGAUCGUUGGUCUUUCAAUAAGGAUGCCCAACCUUUCUUCCCUACCCCACUGUCGCCUUCCACUCCUUCUACUUCCUUAGACGAGCCACUUCCAAUAGUAGUGAUGAUAUCCAAUAUCGUUCCCACGGUUGUUGAGUCAGACCUUGAAGCAUUGCUUAUGGAAACCUUGUCUUCUUCCAAGAUAAGGGAUCAAGAAUAUAUUGACCCUGACUUCAAUAUACUUUCCUUCGGUAAUACGAAUAGUUUUGAUGAAAUAACUGCUUUAGUCGAAAUAUUCGAGUACCAAGAAGCUGAAACAAUCAUGGAAAAGUUACAAGGUAAACAAUGGCUCAAUAGUACCUUGGAGGUUGCAAUCAUGCCUCCCCCAUCCUUAUCACCAUCACCCUAUUAUGGGUUUGGGUUUUUCAAUCAAAUGAUGUACUUCCCUGGAAUCGCUCCUUAUGGGGUCUAUGGUCUGCCUUACGGUUUUUCGGGCCGGCAAGCAAUGAUGCCGCCAUUUGGUUCUGUACCCCCUUGGAGAAAAGCACAGCCAAGUGUACCAAUGGCACAACCCCCUCGAACACCUGGUGGGGCAUCUCGUCGACUGUCAUCCUCAAGUACUGGAUCCGCUUCCAAGCCAACAGGAGUUCCACAAUUCGUUAUGAAUUUUGUUAAAAAGGAAGAACCAAUUCAUAAUUCUGACUUUUCUGACCAGGAGUCUUCUCAGUUUAUUGAUGUUAACGAUGAUGAUGGUAAUCCUAUCAAAGUAAAUGCCUGUCGCUUAUUCGUGGGAAAUGUUCCAUUUCUGUCAACUUGGUCAAGGCUCAGAAACUUUUUGGUAACCAAAUCGCAAGAACUCGAAACCUCUACUUCUAUUGACAUUUUGAGGGUGGAAAUCCCUAUGCAUAGUCCUAAGGAUCAUAAGGAAGAAUUCACUCGCACCAUGUCAAGGGGUUUUGCUAUUGUUACAACUGGUAAUCGUAUUUCAUCGGAAUUAAUCAUAAAGCAUUUCGAUGGCAUAGAAUUUGAAGGCCGAAACUUAACAGUCAGAUUUGACAAAUUUCCUGAAUUUAGCAACUAUAUAUUGCAACAACUUUAUUCGGGGCACAACAAGGAUAAGGCUUUAACGAGCUUGGCAUUUGAGAGGAAUUCAAUUCAGCAAAAGUUUUACUAUGGUAAUGGAUACCAAGGCUACUCAAAUUUCCCAAGCCGUUCUCAUAGUUUCAGUCACCGAAGCUCUAAUCCUCAGCACAAUUCAUCUUCGCCUCGAUUUCCAAUUCUACAACCAAAUUUCGUUCCCCAAGUCCAUCCCUCAGUACGCUACACCACCAACUUGAAUAUACCAAGACUGAUCAAGCCCAAACAAGAUGCAGAACCUUUGGAUGAUCUCAAUGAGGACGAGAAGGCCCGUGAGUUGGUAAACCUGUUCAAAUCGUUAGGAAUAUCCUCGUAAACGAUUUCGGGUUCAAGACCUUGUGGUCAAAGCUAACACGGAUAUCAGCUAGAUGCGCCCACUUCAGGCAAGUAUAUUGCACCUCACAUUUUAUCAAUACUACCUGUAUAACGCAGAAAGCUAUUUCGGUGCAUAUUGGUUUGUAAUCAUGAAUUAUUUGUGUUGAUCAAACCGCCGCAUCUUUCUAUAAGUUUAAUGCACAACUUCAAUUCGC